AGGACGAUAAUUGGAGGACUCCUAGGCUACGUCACUUGGCGACUCCUCCCCCGCUGCCUUCUUCCGGGCUGGGCAUUUCUGACCUGAAUAGUUCCUUUGAAGGGUUCCGUGCAGGCGUUUACGCUUAGACUCCAAAUGAAAAUGUUUGAGAAUGUUGACUCCACAGCCACAGAAUCUGGCAGGGAUCUCUGGUCUGAAAUCUGUUCCUGUCUGCCAAAUGCUGACCAAGAGGAUGUGAGCAAUGCCUUCUCAGACUCUUUUGUAGAUUCUUACCCUGUGUGUAAAGACCAGGGACAGGCAGCAGAUUUUGCUGUCCAGUCAGCUAUAAAGCCCUGGGCUCCCCUGCAGGACUCAGAAGUGUAUUUAGCCUCUCUAGAGAAGAAACUAAGAAGAAUCAAAGGUUUAAAUGAGGAAGUGACUUCCAAGGACAUGCUGCGAACCCUGGCCCAGGCCAAGAAGGAAUGCUGGGAUCGGUUCCUCCAGGAGAAGUUAGCAUCAGAGUUCUUUGUAGAUGGACUUGAUUCUGAUGAAAGUAGCAAAGCACAACCCUGGGAUACGAAGCCCGAAGGCUGCUUCCUUGUCCGGCCAGCAGGAGCCAGGCAGAACCCGGAAGACUCCCACCCUCGCCUAGGCGUGGCCCAAAAGGAGAACUCCAAGCUUAUGUUUUAAACAGCACCUUGGAGCAUUUCAAGAGGUGGCUGCAGCCAGACAAAGUUGCCAUCAGCACAGAAGAAGUCCAGUACCUGAUCCCACCGGAGUCACAGGCUGAGAAGCCAGCAGCGGAGGACAAGGCGGCAGCAGCAGAACAAUAAAUCUCCCCCACACACCAGGCAGCUGUCUGGAGUCCAGAGGGAGCCGCUGAGAGCGGUGUUGGCAGCAGUGAGGAGAAAUCCGGGGAGGGAAAAGCCCAAGCUUCCACUCCACAAAGCACACGGUUGCAGGCCCCUGAGGACUUGCUCAGGACCGACAUGGGUGACUUAAAUGACUGACCCAGCACGUGCUGGAUCAGAAUCUUGCCUUCCUCACUGACUCUUGGUUUGCUGGAGCUCCACUGCUACCAGUUAGAAGUCUGCCGAGGACCUAAUGGACUAAGUGUGCGAGCGCUCCGCAGCACUGUGCCCUUAUGUAGAAUGGGCACAUUAAGUGAGCCAUAGUUUUCCUGACCUCUUCUGGGUAUGCAUGCCUGUGUCCCCAACACGCCCUUGGUACAUUGUCAGGGGUGAGUGAAAGAGCAAAGUCAGCUUCCUGGGAACUGAGCCCACGUGGGGGUUCUCUAACAAAUCUUUAGUAAAUAGAGAGACUCAAGGAGGCUGGGCUUUUCUUUGUUUCUUGUGGAGAAAAUCGGCUAAAGAAGUGUGAAAACAUGGGUGUUUAUAUCUGUGUAGAGUUUUUUAUUUUAUGCAUGGUUUAUCCCCCAACUUCCUCCUGCACCGAUUUCCAAAUUAGACUUGUAAAUGUGGUUUAGUGUUUUACACUACUCCUAUAUAGUUCCAGAUUUGUUCUGUGGCAGCUUUUCUGGCUGCGCCUACAUUUUCCUCCUUUUUAUGGUGUCCUUGUUCAUAUAAACAUAGAAAGUAUAUGUUGUGCUAAUGAAACUUUUUCAUCAGA